AUGAUCGAAGUGCAAGAUCUCAUUGUCUCGAGAGGGGGAGAUCCCAAAAAAGUGAUCGAGAGCCUGCAAAAGCGAUACGCACCCACCGAGAUCGUUGACGAGGUCAUUGCACUCUGGAACGACGCAUAUCAGACGCGGUACAAGGCCAGCCAAUUUGGCGCAAAGAUCAAUGCGGUCCAAAAAGAGAUCGGGCAGCUGAAGAAAGCAAAACAAGAUGCGGACCAUCUGCUGCAGGAAAAGGUGAACUUGGAGAAAGAGAAGAAGCAGAUCGAGGAUGAGGCCGCGGAGAAGGAGAAGCUGAGAGACCGCAAGUGCAAAAUGAUUGGCAACUAUGUGCACGAGUCAGUGCCGGUCAACGACAACGAGGACUUCAAUGAGGUGGUCAAGAAAUGGGCACCUGAAGGCUUCACGGAGGAAAAGCGCGACUGUCUCUCCCACCACGAGGUUAUGACCCGUGCAGAAAUCUACGAUGGCGAACGAGGCGUCAAACUGGUCGGCCAUCGAGGGUACUUUCUACGGAAAUGGGGAGUUCUGCUGAACCAAGCCCUCAUCAACUACGGCUUACACUUCCUCGUCUCCAAGGGCUAUGAUCCACUUCAACCGCCCUACUUCAUGAAGGCAGAGUACAUGGCGAAGACUGCACAACUUGAACAAUUCGACGAAGAGCUCUAUAAAGUUAUUGAAGACAAGGACGCAGAGGACAAGUUCCUCAUUGCAACCUCCGAACAGCCCAUAUCCGCAAUGUUUGCUGAAGAGUGGAUGACCGAGAAGGAUUUGCCAAAGAAGUUUGCGGGUUAUUCUUCCUUUCGAGAAGGCAAGUACUUUUCCUUCCAUCCUCCAAGCGAGGUCCGCAUGGCUGUGCUAAUGGACAUCCUCCAGAUCGAACAAUUCCUCUUUGUCAAGCCCGAAGAAUCCUGGCAAGCACUCGAAGACAUGAAAUCCAUUGCCGAAGAGUUCUACCAAUCCUUGAAACUCCCGUACCGUGUUGUGGCGAUCGUUUCGGGUGCCCUCAAUAAUGCGGCGGCCAAGAAAUACGACCUGGAAGCGUGGUUUCCCUACCAGAACGAAUACAAGGAACUUGUAUCCUGCUCGAAUUGCACGGACUACCAGACGCGAGAGCUGGAGAUUAGGUACGGCCAGAAAAAGGGUGCCAUCGAUGCGAGAAAGACAUAUGUUCACGCUCUCAACGGGACAUUGUGCGCUACAGAGCGGACCUUGUGUUGUCUGAUGGAGAAUUACCAGAAGGAAGAUGGCUUCGAAGUGCCGGAGGUGUUGAGACGGUACAUGCCUCCUGGGACGCCGGAAAUCAUCCCAUACACAAAAGAAUUGCCAAAAGAUACGACCUCGGCGAAGACGAAGCAGCCAGCAAAGCCAAAGACUGGGGGUGCGCCUGAGGGUGGCCCCAAACGAGACAUGCCGGCGGCGGACAAUGUCGCGGAUAAGAUGAAGGACAUGAAGGUGUGA